AUCAUCAACGCUUAACGGUUGUUGUCCUCCAUUAUCUAUACAGCCAUGGGAAAAGAAGAGGAUGUGAUUGAGGUUAGGCGAGAUGUUGAGAGAGACUUUCAACAAGAUGAGAAGCCCGACUUCUCCGGCGGAGCUGAGGAGGUUGUCGGGAUGCAAGACCUCGAUCCUGCACUGGACAAGAAGAUGCACUUGGUCAACAAUGCAUUGGAUCAGAUCGGCUGGACAAACUACCAUCUGAAACUCUUCUUCCUCAAUGGCUUCGGAUACGGUGUAGAUGCGCUCCAACUGUCCCUCCAGGGCAUCAUUGCCGUCCAGGCCGUCCUCGAGUUCCAGCCAUCGUAUGACAAAGGCCUGACCAUCGCUCUAUACAUGGGGAUGCUCAUCGGCGCCCUGUUCUGGGGCUUCUUCGCCGACAUCAUCGGCCGCAAGAUAGCAUUCAACAUCUCCCUCUUCAUCUGCUCCGUCUUUACCAUCGCGGCCGGUGCAGCUCCCAACUGGGCCGGGCUGGGUGUCUUGAUUGCCGUAGCCGCGUUUGGAGCCGGUGGCAAUUUGAUCCUUGAUACGGCCGUCUUUCUGGAGUAUCUCCCCUCCAACAAGCAGUGGCUUCUCAGCUUGCUGCCCGCUUGGUUUGGAAUUGGAUGUACCAUUGCCGGCCUGGUUGCUUGGGGAUUCAUGCCCAACUUCUCCUGCUCUGACGCCAGCGACUGCACCAAGGCCAACAACAGCGGCUGGCGAUAUCUCAUGUACACCAUGGGAGCCUUCAUCGCCGUGCUGGCCGUCGCCCGAGUCACCGUCAUCCGCCUCCAAGAGACUCCCAAGUUUCUCCUAGGCCAAGGCCGCGAUGAGGAAGUCGUCAACAACCUCCAGGGCAUUGCCAAGCGGUACAACCGUCCCUGCGACCUCACGCUUGCCCAGCUGGAAGCCUGCGGUACCGUCAACUCCACUCAUUCAAAGAACCGCUUCUCCGUCGGCGAAUUUCUGGUCCAUCUCCGCAGCCUGUUCCUGACGAAGAAGAUGGGCUUCACGACCAUCCUGCUGUGGCUGUCUUGGGCCAGCAUUGGUCUUGCGUAUCCCCUGUUCAACGUCUUCUUGCCCUACUACCUGGCCAGUCGGGGCGUCCAGUUUGGCGUCACAAGCGCCUUUGAGACCUGGAGGAACUAUGCGCUGGUACAGGUCUGCGGCAUAUUCGGUCCUGUGCUUGGCGCUGUCAUGUGUAACUGGAAGCCCCUGGGACGAAGGUAUACCAUGGUCAUUGGGGCCUUGAUUACCAUGGCCUUCUUCUUUGCGUACUCGCAAGUCAAGUCUCAGGUGGAAAACAUUGCCUACAGCUGUGUCAUCUCCUUUACGCUCGAGAUCUACUACGGCGUGCUCUACGGAUACACUGCAGAGUCUCUGCUCUCUGCCCAUCGUGGCACGGCCAACGGUAUCGCCGUCGCCUUUUGUCGACUUGCCGGAGCCUUUUCCGCUGUUGUUGCUACAUACGCCGACCCGUCCACUACAGGCCCCGUCUUUGUGUGUGCGGCGCUCUAUGGAGGGCUUGCCUUGUUUGCUGUCUUGUUUCCCUUUGAGCCGUACGGCAAGCGAGCUGCUUAA